GUAAACUUAAUAAAACCCUGUUAACUCUCUUUACACUGUUUACAACACGUUUACGGAAGUGUUAACAUGAUGUGUGGACUUUUACCCAGAUCAGGCCCAGUGUAAGGGGAAAUUACUCAACAUGAGUCAGACAUCCUUCAGAAAGUUACACCAAGCUUGCUCAAUUAUUCUUCUAGGGCAUGCCUAAAAUACUUCAGAGUCCCAGACAAUGUUAAAGUUUGUGCUUCAUGCCAGUAUUUGCCCCACCCUUACACACAAAACUGUUUAAAAACCUUUAUUAUUAUUUCUCCAUUGCUAAGAGUGACGUCACACCACCUCACAAACCUGUUCCAUUCAAUAUGGCGGAUUGUAGAUCAGUGGACUGCUGAGGAGUUAAGGAUGUAUAUUUCAGCAUACUAUCUAGUACAUUAGCAGGCGGGAUACGUUUUUUAGUGCUUAUUCUGAAUAUUAAGUACAGUAGUGUGUGUGUGAUUAUAUUCACAGGCAGGUACACACACAGGAGGUUCUAGUUUUAGUGUGGUGGUCUGUGUGGGUGUUUAGUACUAUACUAUUAGUAUGUGUGUGUAUUUUGAACAGCAGCAUAGAUACUUUUAGGCAAGAAAGUAUGUGCAGUGCCUGUGGGUAUAAUUAAAGUGUAAAUUUGAUCAUAUGACAAUCCGUCAUUAAGUGUUGUCCUGAAGAAAAGGGGGAAAAAGCCACACUGACGUAACCGUUCACCUUUGUACUACUUUUUUUCGUCACGCGCGGUCACGUUCACUGUCUCGCGAGAAAACGGUCAGCGGAUAUAAAAACGAGAUCAGGUCCUCCUUCGGAAGCGUUAUUCAGCACAGCUGCUCGGAAACUUCAGGUUCGCUUUCUGGAUCCAGACACAGACCGACGGUGAGAAACAUGCCACCUGUGGAGAUAACAAAUGAGAAUGUGGUUACUCGAGUGGCCAAGCUUCCUCUGGUGAGUUCCACCUAUGGCAUGGUAUCUGACUUGUACAGUAACACCAAAGACAACUAUCCAGCCAUCAAGUCGGUGUGUGAGGCAGCAGAAAUGGGUGUAAAGAUGAUUACUUCAGCUGCCCUUACCAGUGCCUUGCCUGUCAUUGGCAAGCUGGAACCUCAAAUCUCUCGUGCUAAUGACCUUGCCUGUAAGAGUCUUGAUAAAAUUGAGAAGACCCUGCCAAUUCUUCACCAGCCUUCUGGAGAGCUUGUUACCAGUGCUAAAGACCGGGUCACUGAGACCAUGAAUGGGGCCAAGGAGACCAUGUCCCACACCCUGAAUCAUGUGAUGGUCCGAACCAGAGGAGUCGUGCAGGAGAGUGUGGAGAAAACGAGGGUGGUUGUCACUGGUGGUGUCAACACAAUGAUGGAGGGUAAAGUGGCGAAGCUAUUGAGCAGUGGUGUGGACACUGCUCUGAGCACUUCAGAAAUUCUGGUAGAGCGCUAUCUACCUGCACCAGAGGACAACCACGAACAUGAGAUAAAUGUGACCAAAGGUUUUGAUGAGAAGAUCAAUGAACCCAGCUACUAUGUGCGACUGGGCUCAAUAUCUACAAAGUUGCGACAGAGGGUAUAUCAAAAGGCUAUCAGCAAGGUCCGUGACGCAAAGAGGAACAGCCAAGAGUCCAUCUCUCAGUUAAACCGCACCAUGGAUCUGAUUGAGUACACAAGAAAGAACAUUGAUGGUGCCAACCAGAAGGUGAUUGAAAAAUUGAGUGCGUUAAUGGACUGGAAGUCUGCCUCUCCGAGUGACGGUGACACAGACCACAAGGCAGAGUUAAUUGAGUCCCGGACCUUGACCAUCGCUCGCAACCUGACACAGCAGCUGCAGACAACUUGUUUCACCCUCGUGUCCAACCUCCAGGGUCUGCCACAAAACAUCCAAGAGCAAGCGCUGUCCAUUGGCCACAUGGCCAGGGAUGUCUACACCAGGUUCAACAGUGCUGCAGCUCUGAGCGACCUGUCUGACGCAGUGCUUAGCAACACUCGCAGCCAGCUGAAAAGCAUGAGAGAUUCCACUGACAACGUCCUGGAUUAUUUGGUCAACAACACGCCCCUCAACUGGCUCGUGGGUCCAUUUUACCCUCGCAUAGAACCAACUGGAAAACCAAGAAGCCAGUCCAGUGAAGAGAGUAGUGUUCAGCCUGAAAUGGAAAUGCAGUCACUUCAUCAGGAAGAUUAGUUUACUAACAGUGAGGUCUUUUGCAAUGCUUUUUAAAUUUGUGAUGAGCAUUUUAUUUUAAUCUUGAUGCUGGUAAUGUUCAUUCUUUACUAUAAAAUAUGACUGAUUCUAUCGCAUUCUUGGAUCUACACAUGAGAAGCAAUUUGCAGUAUUUACAUGAUCAUUUAAUCCAUCACUAAUGUACAACACAUGACCAUGUUUACAUGUGAGUCUUGUUGCUUAAUCAGCCUUAGAACAAUUUUCUUUGUAGUAAUAUAUUACUUUUGUACUGUCUCUACAUUUUUCUAUUAAAGUUGUAAGCAAACAA